ACGGCUCUGUGGGCUGAUGUAUAUACACACACACACACGCUGUGGUCACAUGAACGCGGGGAUCACAUUUACUCUCUCUCACACCGGCUGGAGCUGUCAGUGACUUGAGAAACAGGAUCGGGGAAAGGACUCAUUUCCCUGGAGCAGAACCAUCCUCCUUUCUACUAGGGGAGCACUGACACCUAUAUACAUUUUUUUUAAGCUGAGUGUCUUUAUUUUGGGAUAAUUGUACCUUCUGUCUUUAUAAAAGUGACAUUGAGCAAGUGGUUUGGACCUGUUGCUGCCAAUUAGGGAGAGCCAAGGACAUACUGCAGGAGGUUGUCUCCAUCCCUGGUACUUGGGGACAUUGCUAGGCAUGGCUGAUGAUCAUUCCCCCCACUAGGAUCUGUUUUGAUCUAUUUAAGGACUUUUAGGAGAUGUUCACUGUUAGUGUCCCUGUUGUCCAGACCAUGUCUCAGACAGAAGCAGACCUUGCAGGCUGUGGAAUCGCCUUCCUGCCAGAAGAUCCUGCAGAACUUUCUACCUUGGCUGCACUGAGGAGACGGCGGUUGUCAGGAAAGGAACCCAGGAGAAACUCGUAUCAGUUCAACAGGAGAAGUUCAGCUCAGUUGGAACUCUUGGGCUAUGACCCACCUGGGACAUCUUUCUCUGCUUGGUCCCCUGAAGAGCCCACGCCCUUGGAAGAAAAAGUGGUCCCAAUUCCGGAAAUGUCCCCUAAUACAACCUGCUGCCCCAGUGCCAUUGUACAGCCAGAUUCAUUGCCACCCGCCGGGGAACUGUCCAAAACCGUGGACAGCUCAGAGUCUGAAGAUGAAGCUUCAAGCACUAAAGAGCCUUCUACACCUGCCCCCAAACCUGCAUUGGCGGAAAACAGACGAGAGCUGGAAGAAAUUGAGGAGAAUGAGACCAAGGCUGUGGCCACCUCUCCAGAUGGGAGAUACUUGAAAUUUAACAUUGAGAUCGGAAGAGGUUCCUUUAAAACGGUUUACAAGGGUUUAGAUACAGAAACAACAGUGGAAGUAGCUUGGUGCGAACUGCAGACCAGAAAGCUGACAAAAGCUGAGAGGCAGAGGUUCAGUGAAGAGGUUGAGAUGCUGAAGGGUCUGCAACACCCGAACAUUGUCAGGUUCUAUGAUUCCUGGAAGACCACAGUCAAAGGGCAGAUCUGCAUUGUCCUCGUUACUGAACUCAUGACAUCAGGCACCCUGAAGACAUACUUAAAGCGCUUCAAGGAGAUGAAACUGAAAGUAUUACAAAGAUGGAGCCGUCAGAUCUUAAAAGGUCUUCAUUUCCUCCACACUCGCUGCCCUCCCAUCAUACACCGGGACCUGAAGUGCGACAACAUCUUUAUCACAGGUCCCACUGGCUUUGUGAAAAUUGGAGACCUUGGUCUGGCUACGUUGAAAAGUGCCUCCUUUGCAAAGAGUGUCAUAGGUACACCGGAGUUUAUGGCUCCUGAAAUGUAUGAAGAAAAGUAUGAUGAAGCUGUGGAUGUUUAUGCUUUUGGAAUGUGUAUGCUUGAAAUGGCUACUUCUGAAUAUCCUUACUCUGAAUGCCAAAACGCAGCACAGAUCUACCGCAAAGUGACCUCAGGCAUGAAGCCAGACAGCUUUUAUAAAGUUAAGGUUCCUGAACUUAAAGAGAUCAUCGAAGGCUGUAUACGCAUGAACAAAAACGAAAGGUACACUAUCCAAGACCUCUUGGAACACUCCUUUUUCCAAGAAGACACUGGUGUCCAUGUUGAAUUAGCCGAAGAAGAUGAUGGAAUUAAACCAGCCUUGAAACUCUGGCUUAGAAUAGAUGACACAAAAAAGCUUCAUGGCAAAUACAAAGAUAACAAUGCCAUAGAGUUCCUCUUUGACUUGUAUAAGGAUAUUGCAGAAGAGGUGGCUCAGGAGAUGGUGGUACUGAAUUUUAUAUGUGAAGCUGAAUACAAACUGGUAGCCAAAGCCAUCCGGGACCGAGUGCUAGCCAUUAAAAGAAAAAGAGAAAAGGUAAGAAGGGCUCAGGAGGAGCUGAAGAAGAAAGAAGAAGAGAAGCAGCAGAACAUUCUCAAACUUCUUGAUCAGCUGAGAGGUUCUCAGAAUUCCACUCCAUCGCCCGUCUCUGAUGUUGCUCCUGGAGCCACUUCACUCCCUGUCCCCUCUGACUCAACAGAAAAGACGUUUACCCCAGAGCCAGAGGAACCAGAGGCUGAUCAGCAUCAUCCCUUCAACUUCAGACCUACCUGUUAUUCCUCAGCUACAUCGGACUGUGAAACAGAUGGGUACCUGAGCUCAUCUGGCUGUAUGGAGCCUGUGGAUGGCCAGAGAAAACCUUCAAGUGAUGUCUCACAAGAAGACUCUAAAAGCCCACCCAGCACAGAGCCAGAGAUAUGCUUCCCUGGGAUUAUUGCUGUGAGUGUGAAUACAGAGCAGUUGCCUUUUCCUGGGUUGUCCAGUGAAGUUACCUCUCCAGUAGACAGUUACGCCUCCGAUGUGGCCUCAGGAAUGAGUGACGGCUGUGAGGGGCUUUCAGCUGGAGAGCGAAGCAUUAAGUCUCCUGCCAAAAAGACCGGUGCUAAACUUCUGAGACGCAAAGCGCGUUCCAGGCUGAGAAUUAUAAAUAUAUCAGAUAAAUGUGACCGUGUUGUUGAGUGCCAGCUACAAACUUAUAACAAUAAAAUGGUCACCUUCAAGUUUGAUCUGGAUGGAGAUAACCCAGAGGACAUUGCAGCGGUUAUGGUGAACAAUGAGUUCAUCAUGCAGUCCGAGAGAGAAAGUUUUACCAACAGGAUUCAGGACAUUAUUCACCGAGUGGAAACCCUCUUAAAAAAAGAAGUCCAUGGGGACAGGGAUGAUGAGGGUGAAGAGUUUAGUAACAGCCCCUUGCCUCAUAAUCUACAGGCUGAUCUCCAGCUUCAGGAGCUUUCAAGGUCAUUCUCUUCCUCCUCUUUAAAUGAUUUGGUUUGCCCAAGUCCAAGCAAAGGGGUGCCUUCUCAAGGUUAUCUCUUCCAGAGUAGCCCAGUAGUGGAUAAUGAUGUUUUUGGCACUGCUGGACCUCUGUCAGCAGAUAUUGGAUCUAAAUCUCAUCUACCAGCAAUGUCUACAGGUUCUCCUAUGACAGCCAGCAGAACAUGGCCUUCUUUUGAAACUCCAUCAAAUCCAGCUGUUUCUUUCCCCCCAGGCUAUUCCAUGCCAAGCUCACAAUCCUUUCCCCCAGCAGUUUUUGGUUCCAUGCAAUCUGGAAACUACCUCUCUUCCCUUCCCCAGCAUAUGAUGCCUUCAUCUUCAGCAGGGCCUCUAAGUUCUCCAAACACUGGCUUUCCCAAUAUGAUGGGAAGCCAUCAAAAUUCAUUGCAGCACAUGUUAAACAGUGGGAUGAUGCCACAGAAUAUGAACAAUGCAGUGUCUGCCCUAUCAUCUAGUGCCCAGUCAAUGACUCAGUGGUCUCCCACUGCACCUAUGUUCUCAUUGGCAAAUGUUUUAUCUUUAGCAAUGAGCAUGGCACAAACAUUAUUGCCAGUAGCAUCGCCUUCAACUGCCCAGCCUCCAGGAAUCCCUCCAGGAGGACCCUUGUUUCCUCAGGCAAUUCAGUCUCCUCUAAUGUACCCACAAAGCUACUCACAGCCUCAAAGUCCAGUUAAGGAGGGGCCUUCUGCCAUGGGUCAAUGCCCAUACAUGUAUCCUGCUGGACCUGCACACUCUUCUGGAAUUUUGCUUCAGAACAUGCCUACCCAAAGUUUUUCCAACAUGGGUGGUGCUUAUUUGCAGCCUUUCAUCCCACAGGAAACACUUCCACAGAGUGGAGGGAUUGCCAGCAACUUGCAGUCUACAAAUAUAUCAGGAUUUCAGCUUCAACGUCCACAACCGAUCAAGGAAGUUCCACCUCCAGUUAUUACACCAGACCUGUCAAGGUUGCCACCAGUACUAGGAACCUUCAACGAAGUGUCUUCUACACCCCUUGGAAAUCAGACCUCAGAGGCUACGGGAUCUGUCGUGGGACAGACUAUGAAUAAACCUGUGCAAUCCAUAACUAGCGAAAGUGGUUCACCAUCACCCAUAUCCCCGUCUAAACCUCUGCCAUCAGCUGCCUUAGCCAAUGAAGUCCAACCAAAAGUUGUAGGAAGAUUCCAAGUCACAACUUCAAAAGAUCUGCAUGAAAGUAGCCCUGAAUGCAGUGUAAACAGCAGCCCUGAAACUUCCAAGAGAUCAGAGGCAAGGUCAUCAGAUACUACACCCGACGUGUAUGAGACAGCUUCUUCGGACACAGACAUCAGUACAGAUGGGACAGAGGGAAAUUACUUCUCAGAACCUCAACUAUUCUUACCCUGUAGUAUGAACACAAUAAACAGAGACAAUUGCAGACAUGAUACUGAUUCAGAAUCAGAAGCUUUCAGUGAGGGGAGGCUUGGUGGUUUUCAUAAUGACAGUGAUAGACUGACUCCUGUGAGCACCAUUACGGAUACAGAAGACAACUGUCCAUGUGUGCUUAACAAUAAUACUGUCCCAGAAGCUGAUUUGGGGUAUCAAAUCAAUUCAGGAGUACAGUCUCACAGUGAUGCUGUUUGUAUUGUGAAUGGGGACUCAACGCUAGACAACAGAAUGACAGUAGUGGGUGAUGGGCAAUGCAGUGAUUCUGUAUCUUCUAGUGGAGAGGAGAAUGUAGAGAAGACACCUCAACAGAUUUCAACAGUGCAAGUUUAUCUGCACUACACAAGAGGAAUUGUGUAUCUCAGCAGUGAUGACACGGAGAGUGAGGAUGAAGAAAUCUUUGAGGAACUACAACAGCUUCGACAGAAACAUAUGUCUGAAGUGCAGUUGUUACAGGCUCUGCAGAAGAAGGAGAUUGAAGAACUUUAUUACAGAAUGGGCAAAGUGCCCCCCCCUGGCAUUGUGUCUCCAGCCGCCAUGUUAUCUAGCAGACAGAGGCGCCUGUCUAAGGGGAGCUUUAAUCCAUCAAGAAGGAACAGUCUGCAGAGGCUUGAGCUUAUGCCAGCAACUGGUUUCAUUAGGAAGAAUUCACUUGGAGGAAGCAGCACGGGUUCCCAAGAACAGCGUUUAAACAAAGGUCUGACCUUUUCUGGAGAUAUGAGCAGAAUGGCAAGUACUGGAAGUUGUAGCAGUGAGGCAAGUGAACAGGACGAAAAAGAAAAAGUAAAGUAAAUACUCGGAACAGCAAAACACUUGAAGAGAAAUAAAAACCGGACUACCUCAAAGGACUGGCCUUGUGUAGUUUCUGCCUAUAGUGGCCGUUAUAGAUAGGCUCUUGCUAGAUGACAUCUCUUGCUUGUCAGGAGCUAAGCUGGGUGGCCUUGUAUGUAGAUACAGCUAUGGACAUGAGAAACUAUACCGUUGAUGUUCUGAUGAAGAACUUCAAGGAAUUUAAUAGCAUGGACCAUAGCUACUACAAAGACUGUUACCACGAUGGAAUCUGCUUACAGAUGGAAUUCUUUAAAAGCAUAGUUGCCAGCCAACGUCUACCAUGCUUUCAAAGCCACAGCAGAAUUAUUUUUAGGUUGCCAGUUGGCAAAAGCAUGAAUGUUCAUGACAAUAUAUAGUCAGGGCAGGUUGCUGGUUUCAGCAGAUGUUCUCACAAACAUGCACUUUGCACUUCUCUAGAAGAAAAUCUGGAAAGUCUUCUUCCAACAUGUUUUCGCCAUUGUUCUCCCCUUAUGUAAAGCUGCCAAUUAUUUUUAAUGUGUGAAUGUGAAUUAGCCAUAGAGUUAUGAAAUGUUUUAUUAUACUUCGUCUGCAGGGUGGAAAAGCAAUGAUACCUACACAAGUCUUAUAAAUUCAUCCAGAGCUUGUAAAGUUACCAGAGAUAUCCUUUAAAAACUCUUACGUCUGUGCAGCCGUCUGAAAUUCCGAUCACACAUGCAAAGAUAUAGAGUAUAAACCUAAUUUCCCUGUCUGAUAUUCUAAUCAUCUCAUUCAUGUUGCACAAAGCACAGCUACAAACUGGAGGUUAGACAGAAACCACAAGUUACAACAGAACUAAUCUUACUGAGCUUACAGGUAUCUGAAAGUAAGAAAUAGCUACAGAUCCUCGUAGUGUUCUAUAGGGGCACACACAAUACGGGCAAGUGACACACUGUAUAGAUAAGAAUCUUGACUCUGAAUGGGUAAUGGAUAAUGAAUAUGUGGCCUCUUGAUGUUUCUGAAUGCCAGGAUUCCUUACGUAGGCACAGAUCUAUGAAUGCAUGCAAGACAAGAACAAGGGCCACAUAUCAAUCUAUAAAGUAGGUUUGAAUAUUCCAGGGUGAGGUGUAUGUGGGGCUGAUCAUUAUUUGGUAGUUUGUACACAACUUGGUCAUAUUAACUAAUGCCAUAAGUAGUUAUGUAGUAAUGAAUGUUAUAAUGUGGGGCCCCCACUCUUCAUAACAAACUUCAGAUAAAAUAGAAAUGUUGCAUAAAGUUUUCUUUGAACCCGUGCAUUUUAUGAUCACUGAAAAGUCAUCUAUUAUGUUAUGAUAUGCAUCAAUUUGAAUUGAUAUUGCCCUUCCAUUUUUUUUUAUAUAGGAAUAUGUCAGUAUCACUUUAAAAUAGAAGUAGAGGGUUAAUCACUUGGGGGGAGCAUAGUGAUUAUAAUUGCUUACCCCAACGCUAGAAAAUGCACUGGCUCAGGGUUGUGCAUAUUUGGCUUUUCACGUUCAGGUUCCUAUUUUAUUCUACUGCCACAAGGGAUCCCUAAAACAGCUGAGAACAUGGUGAUGUGGAGUAGCAACCAUCACUCACUUAUGUUGACUGCAGCAGUGACAUCUUGAUUGGGGUUGCAGAAAAGACCCAAUCGGCUAAUGAACUGGUUUACUUAUGGUUCCAAGAUAAUGGGUCUUUGCCCAACCCCAAACAAGGAUGAAGCGGUAUUGAAGCCCAGGUAAGUAAUGAAAGUGGGUUGAACAUAGCUAAAACCUUGAGAUAUCACUCUUGAUAGCCUAAGGGAGGUUCAGCAUUGUCCAAGUGGCCAACUAUUAAAGGAAAACUAUACUCCUCAAACAAUGUAGGUCUCUAUAAAAAGAUAUUGUGUAAAUCAGCUCAUAUG